CUUCGCUCCAACUCAGCUCUCAGUCUGUUCCAGGCUCCAGCCCAAUACGCAUGUAAAUAAUCCAUCAAUAAGAAAGACGGGGCGGUUCACGAGUAAAUCCACUACGACGAAGAGGAAGAGCCUGAACCCCCAUUUUCAGUGUUCUGAGUUGGCAAGAUGGAUAUUCUUCCCAAUUUCGGCCGCGAUGUGGGUUUGUAUCGUCCCGUCGACAUUGACCACAUCUUCCCGGAUCUCCCGGGCCUGCUCGACAUCCUCCUCAUCACUACGUUGACUCCCGGCAGUCUCAAUCGAACCCAUGCGCACAUGCAGAUAUGCUGGCAAGUGGGCACUCGCGGAGAUCACUCGAUUAUUUAUAGACGUUUGCAAGUUGUGAAAGAGAUCGACUCCAAUCACCUCACCAAUUGGGGCCCAAUAACCAAGAACAUGGGCAUCGCGACGGUAAGCGCGAGCGAGAUUUCCGUCAUUACCACCAUGACGCUGCAGAAUCGCCAAAAUCUAGAGCAAAUUGCUGCCAACACACCCGUGUAUGUGCCUGAUGGCUAGUUUCUUCAUCCAAGCGUUUCACUUCUACAUGUGAAUGAUGACUCCUCGCGACCCGUACUCACACUUAGUACACCGGUAAACAUUACAUGUCAAUUUGAAUUCUCGUCUCACUGCCCAUUCUAUGCCCAGCAAAGAUGGUCGGAAUUUUCUGCAGCAAUCACUCAACAAGCCUGUGACCGAAUUUGAAUGUCCGUUGCGGACGGGAACGGCCAGGCCAACAACACAACUGUAACAGAUCGUGCCUUGCGUACAGAAACAUGUCGUUCACUUCACUGGUGCUUUUUUCCGGGAAUAUCUUAACUGCGAUACCUAUCGUCAAAA